AAUAGGAUGCAGGCCGCCGUUAAACAUCACAGAAGAAGAAGAAGAAGAAGAAGAGGAGCAGUAGCAGCGGUGUGCCAUGGAGGGUCUGCGGGUGCUCGAGCUCUACAGCGGGAUAGGAGGCAUGCAUUAUGCUCUGAAAGAGAGUGGUAUAACUGCCCAGGUAGUGGCUGCCAUCGACAUCAACACAACAGCCAAUCAAAUCUACACGCACAAUUUCCCUGACACCACCCUCUGGAACAAGACCAUUGAGGGCAUAACUCUAGAUGACUUCAAUAAAUUACCUUUUGACAUGCUUUUGAUGAGCCCUCCUUGCCAGCCUUUUACCAGGAUAGGACUUCAGGGUGAUAUUGCUGACCCCAGAACCAAGAGCUUCCUCUAUAUCCUAGAUCUUCUGCCAAGGCUGAGCAGGCUGCCCCGCUUCAUCCUGCUGGAGAAUGUGAAAGGCUUCGAGAGCUCCUCUGCCAGGGACCGCUUGGUGAAGACACUCAUGGAAUGCGGAUACACUUUCCAGGAGAUCAUGGUCUCACCCACAAGUGUUGGGAUCCCAAAUUCAAGACUGCGUUAUUUCCUGACUGCUAAGCUGUCAGCAGAAAACGGAAGCACCCAGAGUUCAAAGAUUUUAGAUGCCUUCCCACAUCCUGCUGAGAGCGGUUCUCCUGAGCGGAACGCGGCCUUGGAUCCUCCACACCCAGCUACCUGCCAGCCAGAGGAGGACAUGCAGGGGGGUCACGUCCUUUAUAAACAAGAGACAAAAAUAGAUGCCCAGAGAAAGCUGAGUCAGAACAACGAUCUGUCCGUCAGGCAGAUCCAAGACUUCCUGGAGCCGCAGAGGGAAGUAAACGUGGAGCACUAUCUUCUUCCUCCCAGAACACUGCUGCGCUAUGCUCUGCUCUUGGACAUUGUCCAGCCCACAUGCAGGAGGUCUGUGUGCUUUACCAAAGGCUAUGGCCGCUAUGUGGAGGGAACUGGCUCAGUACUGCAGUGCUGCACGGAAACGGAGAUGGAGAAGGUGUUUAGAGGUCUGGACCAGUUAUCUGAAGAAGAGAAACUCCAGCAGCUGUUGAAACUCCAGUUGCGUUAUUUCACCCCCAGAGAAGUUGCCAACCUGAUGGGCUUCCCUCAAAGCUUCUCCUUUCCCAAACAGAUCAGCACCAAGCAGAAGUACAGAGUUCUAGGAAACAGCCUGAAUGUUGUGGUGGUGUCCAGACUCCUACAACUGCUGGUGUCCUAGCACUUGGAGCCCUUCGAAGGAGGAGACCAUCCUGUUCGUCACAGAGGGCUGCUGAAAGGAAUCCUAAAACCUGGAAAUUUGUUUUGCACUUCUGGUUCCCUCGUCUCGAAGUCAAUUGAUUUUUUUGCAUUUUAGAAAACAUUACGACAUUACAGAAAACGUCAUUUUAGGACAUUUCUCAAAACACGAAAUUACAGUCAUUAUUUUUACUUUUUACAAAACAUAUUUUUUUUUUACAAAACACAACUGAAUUUCCCAGAAAACCACAUUCAAGAGCAAAAGAGAAAACAAGCACUAAGGUGAGACUCAAACAGGAAAAGGUAGGGACGUAUUGGACAAUGAUUCCUCGUCAGUCAGAAGAAGUACUUCUUCUUUUAGAUUUCUGGCGGACUAGAUGCCGUGUGGCACAGUGCUGCCUCCCACAGGUCAAAAAAAAAUAGCGAGACUGCAAAUAUAAAGAUGUGGAAUUGCAACUGCUGCUCAGUGAUUUCUCCCAGGAUAAAUAAUCUUUUAUUUUAAAAUCUUAUCAUCCCAACCUGAGAAAGGCAUCAAUGUGCCACAAAGCAUCCAAAAGACAAAGAAAUAAAAAAAGUACUUCUGUUUUGAAGCAGUCCGAAUGAUCGUGCAUCCACUCAGACACAAGGAAUCUGGUUUGAGUUUGAGCUUAGUGUUCUUCUGUUGUCUCUCUGUGUUUUCUGAAAUGUUGACCCUCAAGGCCACCGUACAAAUAGCGAAAUGAGACUACUUGGGUCUGUGUUGGUGACGUGAAGUCAUGUGACUGUGGUGUAUUUGGUGUAAUGCCUAGAGUGAGCUUUUUACUUGUGAUUGCAUUUACACUUGGAAAAUCAUAACAAGUAUCACACAUGUUUGUUUGCCACAAAGAUUAUUUUCUGAACAAAUCCAAAACCCAAUCCAAAGAUCCCAUUGGCUUUUUGCCAAGGUAACCAGUGCUAUGCUAACUUCCAGGUCAUCCCAGAAUCCCUCCAUUGGGGAUCAAAUUACAAAGUAAGCUUUUCCCGAAUGCUACUUUUUGUUAUUUGGUCAAAUGUUGGGCAAAUGCUGGACCAUUUAACAGUGUAAAUUACAUUUCUAUGUUUCACUUCAAACAGCAUAUGUCUCUAUUGGCAGAAAAAAGAUUUGUUUAUUUUUUAUGAGCAUUAUUGUAGGUUUUAUUAUCCUAACAAUCGAAAU